AUGGUCAAUGCGGGCAAGCGAUCAAAAUGUUGUUUCCUGUGUCGCCAACGUCGAGUCAAGUGCGACUUACAAAGACCACACUGCCGGCGUUGUACGGAGAGUGGACGUACCUGUCCCGGCUAUCCGGAGGCCUGGGAUGUCUCGCUUCGCGUGCAGAAUGCGUUCGCCGAGAAGAAAGUGCAAAUGCGGGUGGAGAAAGGCCUAAGGGCUAGGAGAAGUGAGCAACUUGAGAGACUGGCUACCACCAGUAUCCCGCGUGGAGUUCACCUUCCUGCCGAGAUUCACAGCUGGAAUCAUUUCUACAGGGAUUAUGCAGUUGACUCGGGCUUUACGUUCUUCAACAUCCUCCCGAGAUUCUAUACCAACAGCUCCUCAACGUGCUGCCAGGAAGCACUCCACGCGGUCACCUUGGCUAGCUUAGCUCGCCAACGUCAGGAGUCUGAAUUGAUGGUUCGGGCCAGGUGGCACUAUGGUAAAGCAAUGACGGCGCUUAACUCUGCUCUGAACGAUCAGGCUAUGACUGCUGAUGAUUCGGUCCUCGUGACUCUACUUACGCUGUCGCUCUUUGAGACCAUCGUACCAGACUCACUGGAGGGAAUGAUAUCUGAUGUUGACUUCCGCUGCCAUAUCCAUUUCCGCGGCACAUUGCUGCUCCUUCGAUGGCGGGCUGAGAGGAACCGAAAUUCGGACCUGGAUAAGCGCGUCUUCGCCUUCUUCUCUUACAUUUGUUUCAUGAGUAUGUUCGUGAAUCAUGAGUCCGGCGAGUCGAAAUGGCCGGCCUUGGAGGAAUUCACGACUCCGUGGAUGGAUGGUCCCCUUCUAGAGCCAGUUCUUAGUCGGGCUGUUCAGUUCAAGAGGCAGGCUCGACUUCAACUCACUGGAAUAGGGCAAUGGACACCUAGAACGGAGAUGCUGUCGAAGCUGAUUAUGGAUGGUGUUAGCAUUAGCGAUGAUCUUGAAUCCGUAGCCACAAGUGUUCGGUGCUCCUCCAGGGCAGAUCUGCCUACGGAGAAACAGCCGACCGCAUUUAAUUACCUGAUUGAGGUCUCUACCGAAACGACAGCGGCAAUUGCGAGGAGUCUUUAUCGAACUGUCAGGUAUCACAUAGUGGAGUUGGUCCUGGGCUUGAUAAUGACCCUUAUAGAGGAAGAGAAAGAGCAUGUGGGGGUCACUGCUCACUAUCCACUCGUUAAGCAUCAGCCGUUCCCACAUGAAGGGCUUAUAGUAAUCCUUGAGCAAAUUUGCGAGGAUAUCUGUGCCGUUCUUGGCUUCAGCAGCACGCGUGGUAUGGAGGAACAUGAGACCGGAAUAGCUUAUCGAUCGUUUGGCAUGUUCUUCCCUAUGGCAGUGCUCUUGUUCUCGUCGUUAGCAGGAGACGCAAAGAAAGUCUGGCUCCAAGAAAAGCUUCGAUUGAUCGGCGAGAAAAGCGGACUUGGUCUGGCGACCUACACAGCUGAGAGAACCUUGUUAAUGCGUAGAGUAUGA